UCACUUCUGGCAGUGUCUGACCUGAACAGCAGCGAGUGGCAGGCCUACUCUAACUAUGUGGACCACAUGAUCCUGGCAGGCUUCUCUCACGCCAUCCAGUGCUCUCUACAGUACCUGCUAGACAACACUGAUGCAGCCCAGCGUGUCAGUCCGCUGUUUGAGGUCCAGUUGGUGUUGAACGGCAGCGAGAUGUGCUUUAACCCUCCGCUAGACUUUAGCAACAGAGGCAACUUCUUUGAUAUUGUGGACAACAUGGUUGCUAACAUUCUCAAGAUGGCAUCCUUCAUCCCCAGAGUUGCAAAGCACACGCAUCAGAAUAACUACCAGAGUGACAUCAAUGAAAUGAAGGAUUUGUCCGAAAUGUGUUACGCUUUACGCGCUCGAGCACAUGCAGCUAUCAGCAAGGUUCGGGAAUAUCAAGCAUCAUUCAACAGCUACCGCUAUCUCUGGACUGAUGACAGGUCUGAAUUUAUGAGUCAGUUCCUGCUCUAUGGCCACGUAUUGACAACGGAGGAAGCUGAGCUGUAUGCAGACUAUGAACUGAAGAAGAACCCACCCACCCUGGAAAACUUUAAAGAGCAGAUCAAUCUGUUUGAGUCUCUGCAUGAGCAAGUGAGCAAGAUGGAGGAUGGGAGGGUUUUCUGCAACUGGUUGCAGCUGGACAUCAGACCCUUCAAGCACACGCUCAUGAACAUCAUCAAGAGAUGGAGUUGGAUGUUCAAGGAGCACCUGCUCAACCACGUCAACCAAAGCGUGAAGGAACUGUCCUCUUUUGUCCACAACACAGCCCAUGGUCUUUCUAACAAGGUGUCGGAUGGAGACUAUGCUGGCUUGGUGGAUAUCAUGGGACAUCUCAUGGCCAUGAGAGAUAGACAAAUCAGCAACGAACAAGACUUUAAACCUCUCAAAUCCACCGCGGAGCUCCUCAAGACUUAUGGGCAACAACUCCCUGAGAGCGUCUACACACAGUUAGAAGAGCUACCAGAGAGGUGGAAGAGUUUGAAGAAAAUCGCGUUCACAGUCAAACACGAAGUGGCACCGCUGCAGUCUAACGAAGUUUCAGUUAUCCGCAGGAAAUGUGCCCGGUUUGAGGUCAAGCAGUAUGAAUUCAGGGAGCGGUUCCAUACCGAGGUGAUUUUUAAGAUCAGUGUGGAAGAGCCGUACAAGCAAAUUGAUAAGUCUAACUGUGCAGUAGCCGCAAUGGAGGCAGAAAUGAAGGUGCUCCAGGACACCGCCGAUCUGUUCGAGGUUAGCUUCCCAGACUACAAGCAACUACGCCAGUGUCGCAGUGACAUCAUCCUCGUCAAAGCAGUGUGGGAUAUGGUCAUUUUUGUCAAGAGCAGCAUAGAGGACUGGACCAAGACACCAUGGAAAGAGAUCAACGUCGAGCAAAUGGACAUGGAGCUCAGACGUUUUGCAAAGGAGAUGAAGAUGCUAGAUAAGGAUGCACGUUUGUGGGAUGUCUACGUGGGUCUGGAGUCAACGGUAAAGAACCUGCUGACGUCUCUGAGAGCGGUCAAUGAGUUGCAGAACUCUGCUGUCAGGGAGAGACACUGGCAGCAGCUAAUGAAUACAACCAAGGUAACGUUUGUGAUGGGAGAGGACACUACUCUCGGAAACCUGUUGGAAUUGCAGCUUCACCGUGUGGAGGACGAGGUCAAAAAUAUAGUGGACAAGGCCGUGAAAGAAAUGGCGAUAGAGAAGGUCUUGUCAGAGAUUAAGCAGACAUGGAGUUUUAUGUCAUUGUCCUAUGACACUCACGUCAAUACUGGAAUCCCUCUCCUCAAAGCAGAUGAGAACCUGAUAGAAACCCUUGAAGACAACCAAGUGCAGCUGCAAAACAUCCUCAUGAGCAAGUAUGUGGAAUAUUUUCAGCCAGAAGUGAGUGUAUGGCAGAGGAAGCUGAUGGUGGCUGACCUGGUCAUCUCCUUGUGGAUGUCAGUGCAGAAGACCUGGGCCCACCUCAACAGCAUCUUCACCAACAGCCAUGACAUCCGCUGCCAGCUGGCCAGCGAUGCUGAGCGCUUCCAGGGAAUACACAAUGACUUUCAGAGUUUGAUGAGUCAGGUGGUGCAGAACAGUAAUGUGUUAGAAGUGACCAACCAGCCUGGCUUCCUGGAGAACCUGGAGGCACUGCAGCAGAGACUGUCUGUAUGUGAGAAGGCCCUGGCAGAGUACCUGGAGACCAAGAGGCUCACAUUCCCCAGAUUUUACUUUGUGUCUGCUUCCGACCUGCUGGAGAUUGUCUCCAAGGGAACGCAACCCAAACAGGUGACCAAACACUUGCUCAAGCUAUUUGACAACAUAGCAGACCUUCGCUUCAAGGAGUCACACAGAGAUGAAGGAGCAGCUAUGGACGGCGACACCGUGUCCGUAGGGAUGUACAGCCGGGAGGGAGAAUAUGUUCCAUUCUCCGAGCCGUGUGUCUGUGAAGGACAGGCGGAGUGCUGGUUGGGUGCACUGGAGAGCUGCAUGCGCCGGACCAUUCAGAAGGAAAUCCAGGAGGCGGUAGCCGCCUACGAAGACAAACCACGAGAUCAGUGGCUCUUUGAUUACCCUGCACAGGUGGGAUUGACUGGCAGUCAGGUGUGGUGGGCCACAGAUGUGGGGAUUGCAUUUGCAAGGGUGGAGGAAGGAUUUGAUAUAGCUCUCAAAGAAUAUAAUAAAAAACAGAUCACGCAGCUCAACUCACUGAUCCAUAUGCUGCUGGGAGAUUUGACGCCGGGGGACAGACAGAAAAUUAUGACCGUCUGCACCAUUGACGUCCACGCCCGAGAUGUCGUGGCUAAUCUCAUCACUCAAAAGGUGACAACAGGACAAGCUUUCGCAUGGCUCUCCCAGUUGCGCCAUCGUUGGGACGAUGAAACGCGACAUUGUUACGUUGACAUCUGUGACGCCCAGUUCCGCUUCAGUUAUGAAUACCUGGGUAACACCAACAGGCUGGUCAUCACACCUCUUACUGACAGGUGCUACAUAACACUGACCCAGUCCCUCCAUCUCACGAUGAGUGGUGCCCCCUCUGGGCCGGCUGGUACUGGUAAGACCGAGACCACCAAGGAUUUGGGACGUUCCCUGGGCAUUAUGGUUUAUGUGUUCAACUGUUCAGAGCAAAUGGACUACAAGUCUAUUGGGAACAUUUAUAAAGGUCUGGCUCAGACUGGAGUGUGGGGCUGUUUUGACGAAUUCAACAGGAUCUCUGUGGAAGUUCUCUCCGUUGUGGCUGUGCAGGUCAAAACCAUACAGGACGCAGUACGCAACAAAAAACACAAGUUCCAUUUCCUUGGAGAAGAAAUCGAGCUGAAGCAAACAGUGGGAAUCUUCAUCACGUUGAACCCAGGUUAUGCAGGCAGGGCUGAGCUCCCGGAGAAUCUCAAGGCUCUCUUCAGGCCUUGUGCCAUGGUGAUCCCGGACUUUGAGCUCAUCUGUGAAAUCAUGCUGGUGGCGGAGGGGUUCAUAGAUGCUCGUCUACUGGCACGCAAGUUCAUCAGCCUCUACACGCUCUGUAAAGAACUUCUGUCCAAACAGGAUCAUUAUGAUUGGGGUUUAAGAGCCAUCAAAUCCGUUCUGGUGGUGGCUGGCUCACUGAAGCGAGAGGAGCGUAGCAGACCUGAGGAACAGGUGCUGAUGCGGGCGUUAAGGGACUUCAACCUGCCAAAGAUCGUGACCAAUGAUGUGCCCAUAUUUCUUGGUCUUAUGAGUGACCUCUUCCCUCAGUUGGAUGUUCCACGUAAAAGAGACCCUGAAUUGGAAAAUGCUGUACGACAAUCACUUAGUGAGCUGAGCCUUCAGCCAGAAGAAAACUUCAUACUGAAGGUAACUCAGUUGGAGGAGCUGCUGACCGUCAGACACUCAAUAUUUGUCGUGGGUGGACCAGGAACUGGAAAGAGCCAGAUCUUGAAGACCCUCCAUAGAACCUAUGCAAACAUGAAGAUGAAGCCAGUGUGGUAUGACAUCAACCCGAAAGCCGUGACCACAGAUGAGUUGUUUGGAUAUCUGCACCCUGCCACCAGAGAGUGGAAGGAUGGCGUGUUCUCGACUACCAUGAGAGAACUGACUUCAGUUACCCACGACGGCCCCAAAUGGAUCGUUCUAGACGGGGACAUUGACCCCAUGUGGAUCGAGUCGCUAAACACAGUCAUGGAUGACAACAAGGUACUGACUCUGGCCAGUAAUGAAAGGAUCAGUUUGUCCUCCUCCAUGCGUCUGCUCUUUGAGAUUUCCCACCUGAAUGCCGCCACACCAGCAACCGUGUCCAGAGCGGGAAUCCUCUACGUCAACCCCCAGGACGUGGGCUGGACCUCUUUUGUCACAAGUUGGAUAGAGACCCGGCAGGCCCAGUCAGAGCGAGCUAACCUCACUAUUCUGUUUGACAAGUACGUUCCGUACUGUCUGGAGCAAGUACGCUGCAACCUGAAAACUAUCACUCCUAUUCCGGAAAACAGCAUGGUGCAAACACUGUGCUCCUUGUUGGACUGCCUGCUGACAGAUGACAAUGCUCCUCCUGACUCCCCCAGAGAACUUUAUGAGAGUUACUUUGUCUUCGCCUGUGUGUGGGCUUUUGGAGGAGCCCUCUUCCAGGAUCAUCUUCAUGACUACCGUGCUGAAUUCAGCCGCUGGUGGUCAAAAGAAAUGAGAGCUGUCAAGUUUCCCUCCCAAGGAACCGUCUUUGACUAUUUUAUCGAUCCGGAGACCAAAAGAUUCACACCCUGGAGUGAGAAGAUGGUUCCUUUUGAGCUGGAGCUCGAUGUGCCUUUGCAGACAGUGCUUGUCCACACCCCAGAAACUAUCCGUCUGACUUAUUUCAUGGACCUCCUACUCAACAGAGGCAAACCCAUUAUGCUAGUAGGCAACGCAGGAGUAGGGAAAACUAUCCUCGUGUCUGAUAAAAUCUCCAAACUGAAGGAGGACUACAUGGUGGCUAAAGUCCCUUUUAACUACUAUACCACCUCAGCGAUGCUGCAACGUGUACUGGAGAAACCACUCGAGAAGAAAGCAGGUCGAAAAUUUGGACCUCCUACCACCAAGAAACUCAUCUACUUCAUUGAUGACCUCAACAUGCCCAAGGUGGACGUGUACGGGACCGUCCAGCCUCACACGCUCAUACGUCAGCACCUGGAUUAUAACCACUGGUAUGAUAGACAAAAGCUGGUACUGAAAGACAUUUAUAACUGCCAGUACAUCACCUGUAUGAACCCAACAGCCGGGAGCUUCUCUAUUAACCCUCGACUGCAGAGACAUUUCUCCGUCUUUUCGGUCCAUUUCCCCGGCGCUGAUUCAUUGGCCACUAUCUUCUCCAGUAUCUUGUCGGCUCACUUCCUGCAGGGUGGAUUCAGCUACGGCGUCUCACGAUCGGUCGGACCGCUCGUACAGGCUGCCGUCUCUUUGCACCAAAAAGUCAGUCAGAACUUUCUGCCCACUGCAAUUCGCUUCCAUUACAUUUUCAACUUGAGAGACCUUGCCAAUAUCUUCCAGGGCAUCCUGUUUGGCCAGCCCGAGUGCAUUCGAUACCCCAUGGACCUUGUUCAUCUGUGGCUUCAUGAGAGUUCCAGGGUGUACUCAGAUAAACUGAUGGAAGAGAAAGAUGUGGAGCUCUUCAACAAAAUCCUGCUGGACACUGGCAAGAGAUACUUUGAGGGAAUCGAUGAGUCCAUUUUCAUCCACCAGCCUUUGGUGUACUGUCACUUUGCUCAAGGGGUGGGAGAGCCUCGCUAUCACCUGGCAUCAGACUGGGAGAAACUCCAAAAGAUGCUCGUUGAUGCUCUGGAGCAUUAUAAUGAGCUGCAUGCUGUGAUGGACUUGGUGCUGUUUGAAGAAGCUAUCCAGCAUGUAUGUCGAAUCAGCCGCAUCCUGGAAGCUCCCUACGGUAAUGCCCUGCUGGUGGGGGUCGGCGGCAGCGGGAAGCAAAGUCUCUGUCGGCUGGCUGCCUUUCUCAGCACGCUUGAAGUCUUCCAGAUUACGCUGCGUAAAGGCUACGGCUUCAAUGACCUUAAAAGCGACAUAGCAGCGUUGUAUAUGAAGGUCGGAGUGAAGAACAUUGGCACGGUCUUCCUUUAUACGGAUGCGCAGGUUCCCGAUGAAAGUUUCCUGGUGCUCGUCAAUGACUUGCUGGCUUCGGGGGACAUCCCAGACCUGUUCAGUGAUGAAGAAGUGGACACAAUUUUGACAUCAAUGCGAAUGGAGCUGCGAGGUUUAGGACUUCUGGAUUCCAGAGACAAUUGCUGGAGCUUCUUCAUUGAGCGAAUACGAAGGCAGCUCAAGGUUGUGUUGUGUUUUUCUCCCGUGGGUUUCACACUGCGGACACGAGCGCGGAAGUUUCCGGCUCUGGUGAACUGCACAGCCAUUGAUUGGUUCCACCCUUGGCCUCAGCUCGCUUUGCAGUCUGUCAGCACCACUUUCAUAGAGAAGAUACCUGGACUGGAGCCUAAUGUGAGGACGCCCAUCAGUGAGUUCAUCUCCCACGCCCACACCAGUGUCAAUGAGGUCAGUGCCAAGUACCAGCAAAAUGAGAAGCACUACAACUACACCACGCCAAAGAGUUUCCUGGAGUUCAUGAAGCUUUACAGCAACCUGUUGGGGAAGAAACGAACAGAGCUCAGUCAGAAGACGGAGAGAUUAGAGAACGGCCUGCGGAAGCUGCAGAGCACCGCCUCGCAGGUGGAGGAUCUUAAAGCUAAACUAGCGACGCAGGAGGUAGAACUGUGUCAGAGGAACACGGACAUUGAGGCUCUCAUUGCUCAAAUAGGACAACAGACAGACAAGGUCAACCAAGAGAGAGCUGUGGCUGAUGCUGAGGAGCAAAAGGUGGAGGCCAUUCAAGCUGAGGUGAGCAAACAGCAGCGAGAGACAGAAGAGGACCUAGUCAAGGCUGAACCUGCCCUCCAGGCCGCCAAUGCGGCCCUCAAUACACUCAAUAGGUUGAAUCUGACCGAGCUGAGAACGUUCCCAAACCCUCCGGUGAUCGUCACCAACGUCACAGCAGCGGUUCUGGUGCUGCUCGCUCCUCAGGGCAAGAUCCCCAAAGAUCGUAGCUGGAAGGCUUCCAAGGUGGUCAUGAGCAAGGUGGACGACUUCCUGCAGGCCCUCGUGAACUUUGACAAGGAGCACAUCCCUGAGGCCACAGUAAAGGUUGUGAGGGAUGACUACCUUAGUGACCCCGAGUUCAACCCUGAAUUUGUGCAUCACAAAUCUUCCGCUGCCGCUGGGCUCUGUGCCUGGGUGAUCAAUAUGAUCCGCUUCCAUGAGAUUUUUGUAUUCUGUGAGGUGGAGAUGAAGAGGAAGUGUCUGUCGCAAGCCAACGCUGACCUCGCCGAGGCCGCAGAGAAGCUCCGGGUCAUCAGGAAGAAACUGGCUGAAUUAGACAGCAGCCUGGAAGCUUUGACCGGCGAAUAUGAGAAAGCCACAUCAGAGAAACUGCGUUUUCAGAAAGAAGUGAACUCCACCAACAAGACGAUUGAAUUAGCCAAUCGGCUAGUCAAAGGGUUACAGAGUGAAAACGUACGUUGGGCCCACUCAGUGGCUCAGUACCAUGAGCAGGAGGCCACGCUUUCUGGAGAUGUCCUCCUAACCGCAGCUUUCAUAUCCUAUGCUGGUUCCUUCUCCAAGAAGUACCGCAGGGAGCUGGUGGACAGCCUAUGGAGGCCUUUCCUCCGCAGCCAGAAGAUCCCCAUUCCCAUGACAGCCGACUUGGAUCCUGUGUGCAUGCUGACCGACGGUGCCAUGGUAGCCCAGUGGAACAAUGAAGGCUUGCCAGGAGAUGAAAUGUCCACCCAGAAUGCCACCAUCCACACUAAUUGUGAACGCUGGCCCCUCCUCAUUGACCCUCAGCUACAAGGCAUCAAGUGGAUCAAGAGUCGCUAUGGCAACAGCCUCAAGGUUGUCAGUCUGAGUCAAAAAGGUUACGUGGAUGUGAUCGAGCGAGCCGUCGUGGCUGGAAAUACCGUGCUCAUCGAGAAUAUAGAGGAGACGCUUGACCCGGUUCUUGACCCGCUCUUGGGUCGACACACAAUCAAAAAGGGCAGUUUUAUCAAGGUGGGCGACAAGGAGUGCGUCUUUCAUCCUGGCUUCAGACUCAUCCUUCAUACCAAAUUGGCCAACCCUCACUAUAAGCCAGAAAUUCAGGCUCAGACCACUCUUAUUAAUUUUACUGUGACCAGGGAUGGACUGGAGGACCAGCUCCUUGCUCAAGUUGUCAACCAGGAGAGGCCGGACCUUGAACAUCUCAAGAGCGAACUGACAAAGCAGCAGAACAUCUUUAAGAUUGAGCUGAAGCUUCUGGAGGACGAGCUGCUGACAAGGUUGUCUGCAGCCGAGAGUAACUUUCUGGGUGAUAAUUUGCUGGUAGAGAAGCUCGAGAGCACCAAGCACACAGCCGCUGAGAUUGAGAUGAAGGUGGUGGAAGCUAAAGUCAACGAGGUGAAGAUCAACCAAGCCAGAGAACAUUACCGUCCAGUGGCUGUCAGAGCGUCACUGCUCUACUUUAUCAUGAACGACCUCAACAAGAUCAACCCCAUGUACCAGUUUAGCCUCAAGGCAUUCAACAUGGUCUUCCACAAAGCGGUGGACAUGGUGGAGCCCUGCGAGGACGUGACCAACAGAGUGAAAACGCUUAUCGAUUGUGUGACAUAUUCCACCUUCAAUUACAUCAGCAUGGGACUCUUUGAGAGGGACAAGCUCACAUUUGCGGCACAAUUGGCUUUUCAGUUGCUCCUAAUGAGUAAGAAGAUAGAUGUGCGUGAGCUUGACUUUCUGUUACGCUUCAACAUCGAUCACUCUUACCUAAGCCCUCUGGACUUUCUCUCCAACACUACGUGGAGCGCCAUCAAGGUGAUGAGUUUCACUGAUGAGUUUCGAGGUCUGGACCGAGACAUUGAAGGCUCUCCUAAGCGCUGGAAGAAAAUGGUGGAAUCCGAGUGUCCAGAGAAGGAGAAGUUCCCUCAGGAGUGGAAAGGCAAAAGUUCCCUGCAGAAACUCAUCAUGAUGAGAGCUCUGAGACCUGACCGCAUGACAUAUGCUGUCAAGAACUUUGUGGAGGAGAAGCUUGGGGUGAAAUAUACAGAAGGCCGUAAGACAGAAUUUGCAAAGUCUUUCAGAGAAAGUGGUCCAGCUUCUCCCAUGUUCUUCAUCCUAUCUCCUGGAGUGGACCCUCUUCAAGAUGUAGAGUCGCUUGGGAGAAAGCUGGGCUUCACCAUCGACCUUGGCAAGCUUCACAACGUGUCCUUGGGUCAGGGGCAAGAAGCAGUGGCUGAGGUUGCCAUGGAAACCGCUGCAAAGGAGGGUCACUGGGUUAUAUUGCAGAACAUCCAUCUGGUUGCUCGCUGGCUGGGCUCACUAGAGAAGCUUCUCGAGCGCUACUGCGAAGGCAGUCAUCCCGACUACAGAGUAUUUAUGAGCGCUGAGCCCGCGCCAAGCACCCAGGAACACAUCAUCCCUCAGGGCAUUCUAGAAAAUUCCAUCAAGGUCACUAAUGAGCCUCCAACAGGAAUGCAUGCUAACUUACAUGCAGCUCUGGAUAACUUUGACCAGGGCAUGUUGGACCAGUGUAGCCGCGAGCAGGAGUUUAAGACCAUCCUAUUCUCUCUGUGUUACUUCCAUGCCUGCGUGGCUGAGCGGAGGAAGUUCGGACCUCAGGGAUGGAACAGGAAAUACCCUUUUAAUACCGGAGACCUCACCAUAUCGGUGAAUGUCCUCUACAACUACCUGGAGGCUAAUGCACAGGUGCCAUGGGAGGACCUGCGAUAUCUUUUUGGUGAGAUCAUGUACGGAGGACACAUCACGGAUGACUGGGACCGAAGACUCUGCAGAACGUACCUGGAAGAAUACAUGCAGACCAACCAGUUUGACAGGAAGCUUGCAUUGGCUCCUGGAUUUUUGGUUCCAUCCAACCUGGACUACAAGGGCUACCACGACUUCAUAGAUGAGAUGCUGCCCCACGAAAGUCCCGUGCAUUACGGGCUGCACCCCAACGCAGAAAUUGACUUCCUGACCGUGAUGUCAGAUAAUCUUUUCCGCACCCUGCUGGAGCUACAGUCUCCUGAUGCUGUGAUAGGGGAAGGGACCUCUGGGACACUGGAGGAGAAGGUGAAAACCGUAUUGGAUGAGGUUCUGGAGAAGCUUCCAGAGCAGUACAGCAUGACCGACAUCACCGCCAAGACAACUGAAAGGUCUCCAUACAUCCUGGUUUGCUUCCAGGAGUGUGAGCGUAUGAACAUGCUCAUCGGCGAGAUACGGCGCUCACUCAAGGAGCUUGACCUGGGACUGAGAGGAGAACUUGCAAUCUCCCCCGAGAUGGAGAAGCUCCAGGUGGCUUUGUUUCUUGACAAUGUUCCUGACGCUUGGACCAAGCUGGCCUAUCCGUCCACCUACACCCUCGCCACAUGGUACAAUGAUGUGUUGCAGCGUUGUAAAGAGUUAGACAGCUGGACUCAGGAUUUAUCACUACCCACUGUUGUGUGGCUUAGUGGACUCUUCAACCCACAGUCCUUCCUCACUGCCGUGAUGCAGAGCUUGGCUCGUAAGAACGAGUGGCCCCUGGAUAAAGUCAACCUGACUGUGGACGUGACCAAGAAGUUUAAGGAGGAGUUCAACCAGCCUGCAAGAGAGGGCGCUUAUGUAUAUGGACUUUACAUGGAAGGAGCCAGAUGGGAUACUCAAGCCGGGGUGAUCACAGAAGCGCGUUUAAAGGAGCUGACCCCAGCCAUGCCCGUCAUCUCUGUCCGAGCUGUGCCCAACGACCGACAGGAGACCAGGAACAUCUACGAGUGUCCUCUUUAUAAGACCAAGAUCAGAGGGCCCACAUAUGUGUGGACUCUGAGCCUGAAAACAAGGGAACGCCCUGCCAAAUGGAUCCUGGCCGGAGUGGCUUUGCUGCUUAGCGUGUGACUUGUUUUUUUUUUUUUUUUUUUGGUGAGUGUGUCUCUCU